GACAAGAAGCACUACUUUCCGAGCACAGGGAGGCAUCUGCUUCUUUCAUCCACUAUGCCUGGCUGUUCAGAAUUUUACUUCAAUGUGGACCACGGUUAUCUAGAGGGAUUGGUUCGUGGCUUCAAAGCUGGAAUCUUGCAAAACUCAGACUAUGCCAACUUGGUACAAUGUGAAACACUGGAAGACCUGAAGUUACACUUGCAAACUACAGACUAUGGGAAUUUCUUGGCCAAUGAAACUGGUCCAUUGACUGUUUCUGUCAUUGAUGACAAACUAAAAUCCAAAUUACUGGCAGAAUUUCAGUAUUUUCGAAACCAUGCCUUUGAACCACUUUCUACAUUCCUAAACUUCAUAACGUACAGCUACAUGAUUGACAAUGUAAUUCUGCUCAUUACUGGCACACUGCGCCAACGACCUAUAGAUGAACUGGUUCUGAAGUGCCAUCCCUUGGGCAACUUUGAACAAAUGGAAGCUGUUAGUAUUGCUCCAAAUCCUGCCGAAUUGUUUAAUGCAAUCUUGGUGGACACACCAUUAGCUGAUUUCUUUCAAGACUGUGUAUCUGAAACUGACCUGGAUGAAAUGAACAUUGAAAUCAUGCGCAACAAGCUAUAUAAGUCUUACCUUGAGGCAUAUUAUACUUUCUGCAAAACACAAGGUGGUAGUACAGCAGAUGUGAUGUGCCCACUUUUGGAGUUUGAAGCAGACCGACGGGCUUUUAUUAUCACCAUCAAUUCAUUUGGCACUGAACUAAGUAAAGAAGACAGACAGAAGCUGUAUCCAACGUGCGGGAAACUGUAUCCAGAAGGCUUAGAUAUGCUUGCCAAAGCCGAGGAUUAUGAACAAGUGAAGGGCGUUGCAGACUACUACGCUGAAUACAGGGCUUGCUUUGAAGCAAUAGGAAGCGGUUCAGGUGAAAAAACACUAGAAGAUGCUUUUUUUGAAUAUGAGGUCAAAAUGAAUGUGCUAGCCUUCAACAACCAGUUCCAUUUUGGAGUAUUUUAUGCCUAUGUAAAGCUGAAAGAACAAGAAAGCAGAAAUGUUGUAUGGAUUGCUGAAUGCAUCUCACAGAGGCACAGAACAAAAAUUAACAACUAUAUUCCAAUUUUCUGAAGUACAUAUUAACAACGGAUGUCAACAUCAUCAUAUGUACCUAGUACAUUUAAUAUAUGCUUCUUCAAUUGCCAAUCAUUUUGCAGAAAGAAGGCAGGCCAUCCUUUAGGGCCAUCAAAAGAAACAUCUUAGAAAUUAUUUAUAGAGCUAUUCAAGUGAAGAAACUCAUUCUACAAAUUUGGCAAUUUUGAGUCAUAACAAUACUGCAGAUUCCCAAAUAAAAGAUGAUUCUGUGUCCUAUUUGAAAGAUGAUAGUCCUCUAUUUCAGUGUUUCCUUAAACUGUUACAGAGAACUUGCAAUUUCCCUCACUCAUGUGCAGGAUCCAGUAUCAUAUAUGUGUCCGAUGGCUACAAUUGCUUUUCAUUUCCCCAGAUGCCUUGGAGACCAGCACCAGGCACAGACCACCAUGUUGAGUCCACAGCUAUAUCUGAAGCCAUCUUCUCCUUGAAGGGCCCAUUGACUCAGCUUAAAGAUAAAAGAUAGACAAGGGAACAGCAGAGACCCUCAAGAACCUCACUAACAUUUAGUACCCAGACACUUUUGUUGAAUUGAAUUUUUCUGCUUCUUGGCAGGGGGUUGGACUGGAUGGCCCACGAGGUCUCUUCCAAUUCAAGAAUUCUAUGAUUCUAUGACAGUAGUCUGAACAUCCAUAUUCAAACUAAUGAGGGAUCAGUCAUCCUCAUUAUAGCAUAAUGCAUGUUUAAGCUGCAGUCAUUAUUCUGAAACUGAAUCCAUACAUAUAUUACCAUGUACAGAUUUUAUGUAAAAUUAUAGCCUCAUCUGACCUCUCUUUUUUGGCAAUGUGUAAGUAGCCUUCCUAUCUGAACUAGCACUUUGAACAUUAUGAUAUCCCCAAAAUGAGUUGCACAACAAAGAUAGCUCAUCUCUAAUACUUGAUCAUUUUAAGCAGUUCAUCUGCAGUAGCCGUAUUGUUGAAAGCAGUUUUACUGGCCCCUUUAUAUUCUAUGUGAUGUAAUGUGAUGUAACUAUGAAACAAAAUCACUAGAGGGAUAAUGUCUUACUAUCUGUUUGGUUAUUGAACACUAUGCCUAAUUGACCAAUCAUCAUUAUCAUUUUAAAUGUAUUUGAUGUCUUGCAUAGAAAAUGGUAUGAAUCCAGAUUUUUUUUUUUGCCUAAGCAUAAGUAAGGACCUUUCCCCAUGAUUUCUACUUUGACCUCUAGUCCUAAAAUCCUUUCUGGUGGGCCAAUUCAGAAUUUUUGUUCUGUGGUCAGCUUCUGCUGGAUGUUAAUCAUAAAAUUGUACAGGAGACCUCAAAAAGAAGUAUUCUAUCAGGUAACAAGAAGUUUGUGAUUUUUAGUUAUAAUUGUGGGGUUUGUUUGGUUUUUUGAAGUGUUCUGGGGAUCUUUCAUCUCUAACCUUCACAAAUGUGAAAGGAUGGCUAUAAAAAUAAUUCCAUAGAAUUUUCUUGUGAGUGAAUGUAGCAUUAA